UAAAAAAAUUUUACAUUAAUUUCCUAAUUUUAGUUUUAAUUUCUCAUUGAAUUGUGGUUGUGUUUUAAUUACGUUAAACUAAUAACCAUUAUUAUAGUGCAUAUAUAUACCCUACAUAUAAAUACAUUUAAUUGUUUACGAUGAUUAUUCAAGAACCUAUUCAAGCUGCAAUUUGGCAUUGUUUAAACCAUUAUGCUUAUUCAGAUGCAAUAUUCCUUGCAGAACGAUUAUGUGCAGAAUUUGAUUCAGAUGAAAGCAUCUAUUUAUUGGCUACCUGUUAUUAUCGAUCGGGUAAACCAUCCCAAGCAUAUACAAUUUUGAGUGGAAAAAAAAUAGUUUCAGAAAAAUGCAAAUUUUUACUUGCUCGUUGUUGUGUUGAUCUUCACAAGUUGUCUGAAGCAGAAACUGUGUUAACCGGUAACGUAGGUGAUUUAAUAUCAUCUUCAUCAUGUUCAUCUUUUAUUGAAACCAUAAUUUCUGAUUAUGGUGACAGUGCUCCAUUUGCUUUGCAACUGAUAAGUCAUAUUUGGUGGCGUUCUGAAAGAUCACAUUUAGCUGCUGAGGCUUGUCGGAAGGCUCUGUAUUUAAAUCCUUUUUUGUGGCAAUCAUUCCAAGACCUGUGUGACAGAGGUGUUAAACCUGAUCCUGAACCUACUAAAAUAUUUAGGGUGGACAACUUAGAGAAUUUUAAUAAAUGCCUCGGUUCAAAUUCUCAUGUCAAUUCAACACCUUUAUCAACAUAUAAUCUUUCAUAUGAAUCAAUAAAUACAUUUAAUAGUAGUACACCAGCUCAAAAAAUGGUUAACAUGUCUGUACCUAGUAGUAAUAGUUCAAUAUCCAGUGGUAUACAGCCAUUUACACCUGAUAUGAAUAAUGCUAAAGCUAUAUUUGUUCGACCAUUGGGAAGAAAAGUAAAAGUGAUUAAUGAAAAUGCUUACAGUCCACUGACACCAAGUUUUGGAGUAUUCCCUCUAGAAAAUUCAGAUAAUUUGUCUGUUUGUUCAUCUCAAUCAAUGGUUUUAGUUCCUUCAGCUACAUUAAAUGAAACUAAUGAUCAUAAAUUCAUAUCUAAAAGAAGUUCUAAACCAGUUUUUAGUCAGUCAGGAAAUACAAGUAAUAUUAACAAUUUAGGCACACAACAAAUAACUAUGCCUUCAAGUCCAAUGUCACAUGUUGUAAGACGUAGUAGUCGAAUAAUUACCAACAAUUGUUCGGUUAAGGAAAAUACUAAGAGCCCGAAUAAAAAGUUUGCUAGCCCAAAAUCGGCCACGCGUAAAAUAAAAAGUGGAUUGAUUCCCAAAAAAUCAGUUUUUGCUGAUAUAACUGAAAGACAUCCAAAAGAGCGUGGAGUAAUGGAAGUAGAAACACAAACACUUGCUCAACAAGCUCUUAAUUUACAAAAAAAAACUACAGAAGGACUUUUAUCAUUACUAAGAGAUAUUGGAAUAGCAUACUUGCAACUGUCAAAAUUUAAUUGUAAAAAAGCAAUCCAAUUAUUUCAAAGUUUACCACCACGACAAUAUAAAACUGGUUUUGUAUUAUCAAUGAUCGGAAAAGCAUAUUGUGAACAGUCUGAUUACUUACAAUCAAUAAAAUAUUUUAGUGAAGUUAAAGAACAAGAACCAUACAGGGAUACAUUAAUGGAACUUUAUAGUACAUCUUUAUGGCAUCAACAGAAAGAGGUAGCUUUAUCUGCUUUAGCACAAGAUAUGACUGCUUUAGAUAGAAAUUCUUCAUCUACGUGGUGUGUUGUUGGCAAUUGCUUUUCUUUACAAAAAGAACACCAUACUGCAAUAAAAUAUUUUCAAAGAGCAAUACAAGUGAAUCCAGAUUUUCCAUACGCAUAUGCACUUUUAGGUAAUGAAUAUUUAGUCACAGAAGAAUUGGAAAAAGCUAUUACUUGUUUCCAGAAAGCUGUCAAAUUAGAUCCAAGACAUUACAAAUCUUGGUAUGGAAUUGGUGCUAUUUAUCAAAAACAAGAACGGUAUGAAUUAGCUGAAAUGCAUUAUAAACGAGCUCUUAGAAUAAAUCAUAGUAGCGCUUUAAUCAUGUGUCAUAUUGCCGUUGUACAAAAUAGUAUGGAUAAACCUGAUCAAGCAUUACAUACUUUACAUAUAGCUUUAACAUUAGAACCUAAACAUCCAAUGUGUAAAUAUCAACGAGCACAAAUUUACUCUAAACUUGGUAAAUUACCUGAAGCAUUGUAUGAGUUAGAAGAAUUGAAAGAAAUUGUGCCAAAAGAAUCUCUAGUCUAUUUUUUAACUGGAAAAGUACAUAAAAAACUAGGCAACAUACACUUGGCAUUAAUGAACUUUAAUAGAGCAACUGACUUAGAUCCAAAAGGGGCUAGUAAUCAAAUUAAAGAAGCAAUAGAUCCGACAAAUAAUCAAUCACCAUUGGAUGAUUCAGAUGACCCUUGAUGCAGUAACUUAAUUGUUUGUUUAUGUAU